UCCUCUCACUGUGUGUGCGCGCUUGGAGAGACCGAACGUUGAUGCUGAUUGUGUGAGUUAAAGGGAAGCAGUUUGGCGUGUUAGAGGAGUAGACAGAGAGAUUCGGAACAUACGGAGCCGAAACCAGCACCGGCUAACCCGGUUUCGACCCUCCUUCUUCCUCGCAUUGGAACUGGACCACCACGAUGACCCAGCCUCGGCCCGACGAGUUCAUUCCACCGCCGGAGUGUCCAGUCUUCGAGCCUAGCUGGGAGGAAUUUGCCGACCCUUUUGCCUUUAUCAACAAGAUACGGCCUAUCGCUGAGAAAACGGGCAUCUGUAAGGUCCGCCCGCCGCCGGACUGGCAGCCUCCAUUUGCUUGUGAUGUUGACAGACUGCACUUCACUCCUCGCAUCCAGCGGCUCAAUGAACUCGAGGCUCAGACUAGGGUCAAGCUCAACUUCUUGGAUCAGAUUGCAAAAUUCUGGGAGCUACAGGGGUGUACCCUGAAAAUCCCGCAUGUUGAACGGAAGAUUCUGGAUCUGUACCAACUGAACAAAUUGGUCAUCGAUGAAGGUGGCUUUGACACAGUCUGCCGAGAAAGGCGCUGGACCAAGAUAGCCCUGAAGAUGGGCUUUGCUCCUGGCAAAGCCGUGGGCUCUCACCUGCGGGCCCACUAUGAAAGAAUUCUUUAUCCGUACAACUUGUUUCAGAGUGGAUCCAACCUUCUGGCACCAGGGCUUACUUCCAAACUGAUGCGUUUAGUGGCGGAUCCAAAUCUGGAAAAGUGUGUCCAGAAGCCCACUCUGACCAAUGAUGCCAAGGACAAAGAAUACAAGCCACAUGAUCUGGCUCAGCGGCAGUCAGUCCAGCCUGCGGAAACCUGCACUCCUGCCCGACGGGCCAAGCGCAUGAGAACUGAGGGGGGUGGUGUGAAGAAGGAACCAGGCGAGCCCUGUGAGAACCGGCCCAACCUGAGGAGAAGAAUGGGCUCCUUUGUGGCGAAGCCUGAACCAGAUCCACCCCAAAGGGAUGCAUUGGGCCAGACGAGCUGGUCCUGUGGCUUAAAAAAGUUCGUAUCUUCAUCAGAGAAAGAGGUUCCUGUCCAGGUGAAGCAGGAGCCUGAAGGCAGGUCGGUGAUGAGCGAGGUGGAAAAAGCCAAAGCCCGAUACAAGAAGAAUGUCCCUGCAAUGAGCAUAGUGGACUUGUAUGUCUGUCUAGUGUGUGGCAGUGGCAGCGACGAGGACCGCCUCCUGCUGUGCGACGGCUGCGAUGACAGCUACCACACCUUCUGCCUGAUCCCUCCCCUCCACGAUGUUCCCAAAGGGGACUGGAGAUGCCCCAAGUGUCUGGCUCAGGAGUGCAGCAGGCCUCAGGAAGCCUUUGGCUUUGAGCAGGCGUGCAGAGACUAUACACUCCGAACCUUUGGUGACAUGGCGGACUCCUUCAAGUCAGAUUAUUUUAACAUGCCUGUUCACAUGGUUCCCACAGAGCUGGUUGAAAAGGAGUUCUGGCGGCUGGUAAGCACCAUCGAGGAGGAUGUCACUGUGGAGUACGGCGCUGACAUUGCCUCUAAGGAGUUUGGCAGUGGAUUUCCCAUCAAAAACGGCAAAUUCAAGCUGGCACCAGAGGAUGAGGAUUACCUGAACAGUGGCUGGAACUUGAACAACAUGCCGGUGAUGGACCCCUCGGUGCUGACACACGUCACAGCCGACAUCUGUGGGAUGAAGCUACCCUGGCUCUACGUGGGCAUGUGCUUCUCCUCCUUCUGCUGGCACAUCGAGGACCACUGGAGCUAUUCUAUCAACUACCUGCACUGGGGAGAGCCAAAGACAUGGUAUGGUGCCCCAGGGUAUGCAGCUGAACAGCUGGAGGAGGUGAUGAAGAAACUGGCACCUGAGCUCUUUGAGUCUCAGCCUGAUUUACUCCACCAGCUGGUCACUAUAAUGAACCCCAACAUCCUGAUGGCCUACGGAGUUCCAAUUUAUCGCACCAAUCAGUGUGCUGGCGAGUUUGUCAUCACCUUCCCCAGAGCCUACCACAGCGGCUUUAACCAGGGUUUCAACUUCGCUGAGGCCGUCAACUUCUGCACUGUGGACUGGAUGCCUCUUGGACGGCAGUGUGUGGACCACUACCGCAUGCUCCACCGCUACUGUGUCUUUUCUCACGACGAGAUGGUCUGCAAGAUGGCGUGUAAGGCUGAUACUCUGGAUGUAGUCCUGGCUUCAGCUGUGCAGAAAGACAUGGCCAUCAUGAUUCGGGAGGAGAGGGAGCUGAGAGAGAACAUCCGUAAGAUGGGUGUAGUGAACAGCCAGCCAGCCCAGUACGAUCUCUUGCCAGAUGAAGAGCGCCAGUGUGCCAGGUGCCGAACCACCUGCUACCUGUCUGCACUUACCUGCCCCUGCAGCCAUGGGGCCUUAGUGUGCCUCCACCAUGUCCAGGACCUCUGCUCCUGCCCUGUCAAUUGCUACACCCUGCACUAUAAAUAUACACUGGAUGACCUGUAUCCUAUGAUGAAGGCCAUUGCUCUGCGUGCUGAAUCCUAUAAUGAUUGGGCGUCCCAUGUAACCGAGAUACUGGAGGCCAAAUUGGACAAAAAAAAAAGCCUGGCGGAAUUCCGUGCCCUGAUUGAGGAGUCCGAAGCGAAGGCCUUCUCUGACAAUGACCUGCUGAGGCAACUGCGCCUAGUGACCCAGGAUGCUGAGAAGUGUUCUUCUGUGGCCCAGCAGCUGCUCAAUGGCAAGCGGAAGACCAGGUUCCGCUCCGGUGGGGGUAAAUCCCAAAAUCAGCUGACUGUGGAAGAGCUGAAGUCCUUCGUCAGGCAGCUAUACAACCUGCCCUGCAGCAUCCACCAGGCACCAUUGCUGAAGGAGCUCCUGAACAAAGUGGAGGAUUUCCAGCAGCACAGCGAAAAGGUGCUGGCCGAAGAGGUGCCCAGCGCCGCCGAGAUCCAAGGCCUGCUGGACAGCAGCGGCGAGCUGGAUGUGGCCCUUCCCGAGGUGCCCAUGCUGCGUGAGCGGCUGGAGCAGGCGCGCUGGCUGGAAGCUGUGCGUGGGGCCGGCGCCCAGCCUGCUAGCCUCUCGCUGGAUGCCAUGCGGCGGCUCAUUGACCAGGGUGUGGGCCUCCCUCCCCACGCCUCUGUGGAGAAGGCCAUGGCGCGGCUACAGGAGCUGCUCACUGUCUCUGAGCACUGGGAGGACCAGGCGCGCAGUCUUGUCAAGGCCAGGCCUCGCCAUUCGUUGGAGACACUGGAGGCCGCACUGCAGGAGGUGGAGAAUAUCCCCGCCUACCUUCCCAACUGUUUGCUGCUGAAGGAUGCAGUCAGCAGGGCCAAGGAGUGGCUGCAGGAUGCUGAAGGUCUUCAGCUUGGUGGGCGAAUCCCAGUGCUAGACACACUGUCUGAGUUGGUGUCAAGGGGUCGAUCUAUUCCCAUCCACCUGGACCCUCUCCCUCGGUUGGAGGCGCUGGUUUCUGAGGUGCAGGCCUGGAAGGAGUGUGCGGCUAAAACCUUCCUGAUGAAGAACUCGCCCUUCACGCUGCUGGAGGUGCUGUGUCCCAGGUGUGAAGCGAGCGCAGCAGGACAGAAACCGAAAAGCAAGAAAGCGAAGGACAUGGUGCAAUGCAGCAAGAAAAAAACAGUGAAGCUGGACAGCCUGAGCGACGUAGAGAGGGCCCUGUCUGACAGCAAGGACUCUGCCUCAGCUAUGGCGACGCUGGGUGAGGUACGGCUAAAGGAGAUGGAGAUGCUCUACUCCAUGCGGGCAUUUAACGAGUCCAAGCUGCUGCUCACAAAAGACUGGAAAGGGUUACAGUUCUGCAUGUGCCCGGAUGCACCUGUGGGGGCCAUGCUGCAGUGCGAGCUCUGCCGGGACCUCUUCCACAGCGGCUGUGUGCCGGGCCCCGUGGACCCGCGUGGCUCCCAGCCCUGGCUGUGCCCGCUGUGCCGGUGUUCGGAGAGGCCACCCCUGGACCGCGUGCUUCCACUGCUGGCGUCGCUACAGCGACUGCGCGUGCGACUGCCUGAGGGCGAUGCGCUGCGCUACCUGAUUGAACGCACUGUGCGCUGGCAGCACCGUGUGCAGCAGGUCUCUGCUGCCUUGAAGCUUCCAGUAGCGCUGGAGCGUGCUAGCGCCUCCCCCUGUGCAAAGGCUUUUUGCGGUUCAAGUCCAUCUCAGGAGUGGAACGGUUCUGGCCAGUCUCAGGCAGCUUUCUACAUAGAACAACGAUGCAUUCCCCUGCAGGGCCUGAGCAGUGAACUGGAGCAGUUGAUGGUUGAGGGCCUGCUGCUCCAGGUGACCCUGCCCGAGACCCAGAAGCUGUACCAUGUCUUGCUGCACCGACUUUCUGCUCAAGCAGCUGAUGGCACCACACAGAAGCACCAUGCUCAGGGACGGGGCCAGGCACAGAACGAGGAUGGACACUGCAGUCUUAAGAGGGAGGCAGUGAGCAGUACAGACAGGAAGGCCAAACGGCGCCUUGAGAGGGAUGGUAUGGAUGGGGGAAGCCGAUGCCGGGCCAAGAAGCCCCAGAAGAAGAAGAUGAAGCUAAACAAGAACAAGAUUCGGGACAGCAAGGCUGCCCCAAGCUCCCCUUCUCUGACUUCGGACCCAUCCCCCUCAGAAGACUCUGAGGAGGACAUGGCUCUGUGCCCAGCAGAGGACUGCCAGCAGCCUGAAGGAGAUGAGGUGGACUGGGUCCAGUGUGAUGGCAGCUGCAACCAGUGGUUCCACCAGGUGUGUGUGGGGGUGUCCCCCGAGCUGGCAGAGAAGGAGGACUACAUUUGUGUCAACUGUACUGUAAAAGAUGGCCAUGGGAGGAAAUGAUAAGAGAAGAAAAAAGAAAAACAUUUGGAAGAAGACUGUGGGAGGGCACGGACAACUGGCUUCUUUGAGAGCCUUGACUGGGGGUGUGUAACAGGGUUCCAGUGUGCUGUCUGUUGGCCUAACCCAUGUACCCCGUACCCCUUCCCGUCUGACAAUGGUGCUACUUCCUCCUUAUGGGAUACUUUUCCAGAACUGUUAAGACUCUUUGGUCUUUUUUUUUGUAUGUUUUCAUUUCCCCCCCCCCCCCUCCCAUCCAUCCUAUGAACUGUUUGUGGUUGUCUAAGAGUACCGGGAUGUGGCCUGAGCUGCAGGGGUUUCCAUCCCGUUGGCGCAACAGAGGACUAAUCAAGCACCUUCUGAAGAACCAGGCUCCCCCCUUCCUCUGGGACUUUCCUGCAUGACAAACUGGAGAUGCUGGGUGCAGGGGAAUAAGUUUUUCACCAAAAAAAUUAAAUGGAAAGAAAAGAGAGCUAUUUUUUGGAAACCCACUGUUUAGUACAAGCAUCUGAAUAAUAUAAAGUUCUUUUUUUGUAGGUUAGAUUUAUUUAUCUGAGCAAUAACUGAACUACUUGGGAGUUCAGUGGCUUAAUCUCUUCAGAACAGUGUGUUGGUGCUGUAGCCAUGGUUGAUGUACAGAAAGCUCACUAUUAGACUGUAGGAUCAAAGUGAUGGUCUAGCAAUGUAGCAGGCAGAGGGGACUUUGUAAAGGAACUGCCACAGCUGUACUUUGACUUCUUUUCUUCAAAGGGGGAGGGUUGGGGGAUUGGAAAAGGGAGCUUGUUUUCAGAUGUUGCGGUUUAUAUUGUGGAAUAAAACCCUUUGUUCUCA